AUGGCUGGACAGCCUUCAAAUAAUCGAGAUGAUUUACUUCUCGAUUUACAUGAUGAACAGCCAAUUUACCACACUGGGCAGCGCGCCCCUAUGAAUGACGAUGACCUCUUGCGCGCCUACAACGCAGAUCAUGAUGAGUCGAAUUCUCGGCCUUCAAUCUCUUACGACAACUUCGUUGGCGCCCCAUCCCCCUCCACUCCUGCUUCUACGAGCCAUCUUCCAGGAGGACCUGGCUAUCCCCCAAAUGGACCACAGCCACCAUAUAUUCACGGCGCCUCAGCAUCAUACAGCCAGACUUCAGGUCUGAACAACUAUCAACGAUACGCGGAUGAUUUGGACGAUUUCCCAGAUGAUGGGCAUUCUUCAGAGUAUUAUCACCACGGCACAGCAGUUCCCGGUGACGGGGCGGAAAUGAGGGCUCAAGGACGGAAUCGCAACAGCAUAAUGAGUUUGGGGGGUGGUAUUAUGGGAAAGGCGAAGAGUAUGUUUGGAAUGGCUCCUGGAUAUUCAGAAAUGGAUCUACCCUUGACCGAAGCGGGGGUGAGGAAUCGAGCAGAUGAUACCCAUGAACCUGAAACACCUGUUAAAUCGGGAAAUAAGUUGGGAAACUUCAAAUUUGGAUUUGGUAGAGGAAAGCCGGAUCCUUCAACUCUUGGUCCCAGAAUUAUACAUCUCAACAACCCUCCUGCUAACAGCGCAAACAAAUAUGUGAAUAAUCACAUUUCUACAGCAAAAUACAAUGUUGCCACCUUUCUACCGAAAUUUUUGUACGAACAAUUCUCUAAAUUUGCCAAUCUAUUUUUCUUGUUUACUGCAGGAUUGCAACAGAUACCCGAUAUUUCACCAACGAAUCAAUACACCACAAUUGGACCUUUAAUCUUGGUCCUCUUAGUUUCUGCCGGUAAAGAAUUGGUUGAGGACUACAGAAGAAAGACUUCAGAUACUUCUUUGAACAACUCAAAGGCUCGUGUUUUACGUGGAUCUUCAUUCACGGAUACUAAAUGGAUCAGCCUUGCUGUUGGCGACAUCGUUCGAGUGGAAUCUGAAGAGUCCUUCCCUGCAGAUAUAAUUUUACUGGCUAGUUCAGAACCUGAGGGAUUAUGCUAUAUCGAGACUGCCAAUCUAGACGGUGAGACUAAUCUCAAAAUCAAGCAGGCCAUACCAGAAACAUGUGUCAUGGUCAGUUCUAGCGACUUAAGUAGAUUGGGCGGAAAGUUACGAUCAGAACAACCGAAUAGCAGUUUAUAUACCUAUGAAGGUACCCUUACCGUUGCGGCUGGUGGAGGAGAGAAAGAACUGUCUCUGCAACCAGAUCAACUUCUGCUCAGAGGUGCGACACUUCGUAAUACACCCUGGAUACAUGGAAUUGUUGUGUUUACUGGACAUGAAACCAAACUCAUGCGGAAUGGGACGGCAACGCCAAUAAAGAGAACUGCUGUGGAGCGUCAACUUAAUGUACUGGUUCUCAUGCUUGUAGCUAUUCUAAUCGCUCUGAGUGUUAUAAGUUCAAUGGGAGAUGUCGUAGUCAGAUCACUCAAGGGAGCUGAGUUGAGCUACCUUGGUUAUUCUGCUUCGAUCACUACGAUGGAAAAGGUUUCACAAUUCUUUUCUGACAUAGCCACAUAUUGGGUUCUCUAUUCUGCCUUGGUUCCAAUUUCUCUUUUCGUCACUGUCGAAAUGGUCAAGUACUGGCAUGCGAUUCUCAUUAAUGAUGAUCUCGACAUGUACUAUGAUAAGACGGAUACUCCGGCUGUCUGUCGUACCUCAAGUUUAGUUGAAGAGCUUGGUAUGGUGGAAUACAUUUUCUCCGACAAGACUGGAACACUAACAUGUAACCAAAUGGAGUUCAAGCAGUGCUCCAUUGGUGGAAUCCAAUACGCAGAUGAUGUACCAGAAGAUCGCCGAGCUACCAAUAUCGACGGUCAAGAGGUUGGAGUUCAUGAUUUUAACCGAUUAAAAGAAAAUCUCAAAACUCAUGAGAGUGCUUUGGCCAUUCAUCACUUUCUCGCCCUCUUAGCUACUUGCCAUACAGUGAUUCCAGAACGAGCUGACGAGAAAGGUGGGCCUAUCAAAUAUCAAGCAGCCUCUCCUGACGAAGGUGCUUUGGUCGAAGGCGCCGUUUUGAUGGGCUAUCAAUUCAGUGCACGCAAGCCAAGGUCUGUGCAGAUAACUGUACGUGGGGAGGUUUACGAAUAUGAACUUCUUGCGGUUUGCGAAUUCAACUCGACAAGAAAGCGAAUGUCAGCAAUUUUCCGAUGCCCAGAUGGACAGAUCAGAUGCUAUUGUAAAGGAGCAGACACUGUCAUCUUGGAAAGACUCGGUCCAGACAAUCCACAUGUAGAAAUCACGCUUCAACAUUUGGAAGAAUAUGCAUCGGAGGGUCUAAGAACACUUUGCCUGGCCAUGCGAGAAAUUCCAGAACAUGAGUUUCAAGAAUGGUGGAAAGUUUUUGAUAAAGCAAUGACGACCGUCAGUGGUAAUCGUGCCGAUGAAUUGGACAAAGCUGCUGAACUCCUUGAGCAUGAUCUUACUCUACUUGGAGCCACAGCGAUUGAAGAUCGACUGCAAGAUGGUGUCCCUGAAACAAUCCACACCCUCCAAGAAGCGGGUAUCAAGGUCUGGGUAUUAACUGGAGAUCGUCAAGAAACUGCUAUCAAUAUUGGGAUGAGUUGUAAAUUGAUCAGUGAGGAUAUGACACUUCUCAUCGUCAAUGAAGAAACUGCCAUGGAUACUAGAAACAACAUACAAAAGAAGCUAGACGCCAUACGAACACAAGGCGAUGGCACUAUUGCCAUGGAGACUCUUGCUUUGGUCAUUGAUGGGAAGUCUUUAACUUAUGCUCUCGAAAAAGACCUGGAGAAGGAUUUUCUCGACCUCGCUGUCAUGUGUAAAGCUGUUAUAUGCUGUCGUGUGUCUCCACUUCAAAAGGCUUUGGUCGUCAAGCUUGUCAAACGCAAUAAAAAGGCCAUCCUCUUGGCUAUUGGUGAUGGAGCUAAUGAUGUCUCGAUGAUUCAAGCAGCCCAUAUUGGUGUUGGUAUCAGUGGUAUGGAAGGUUUACAAGCCGCUAGAAGUGCUGAUGUUGCAAUCGGACAGUUCAAAUACCUACGCAAACUUCUUUUGGUUCACGGCGCAUGGAGUUAUCAACGAAUCAGCAAAGUUAUUCUCUACUCUUUCUACAAAAAUAUUACACUUUACAUGACGCAAUUUUGGUAUUCGUUCCAAAAUGUAUUCUCUGGAGAAGUCAUCUACGAAUCGUGGACGCUAUCUUUUUACAAUGUCUUCUUUACGGUGCUUCCUCCACUUGCAAUGGGUAUUUUUGAUCAGUUCAUAUCUGCUCGACUUCUAGAUAGAUAUCCGCAACUUUACCAACUAGGCCAAAAAAACACAUUCUUCAGGCAACAUUCGUUCUGGGCUUGGAUUGGUAACGGUUUCUACCAUUCUUUGAUUCUAUACAUCGCAUCGGAACUUAUUUGGUGGCGUGAUCUACCACAGGGCGAUGGCAAGACAGCAGGUCAUUGGGUAUGGGGUACAGCACUAUACACCGCUGUCUUGGCAACCGUCCUCGGAAAAGCAGCUCUAGUGGUAAAUGUCUGGACAAAAUAUCACGUCAUAGCCAUACCUGGUAGCAUGGUUAUCUGGAUUGUUUUCAUCGCUGUGUAUGCUACUGUGGCACCUAAGCUCGGCUUCUCUGAGGAAUACGAAGGUGUGGUUCCUCGAUUAUUUACAAGUCCGGUCUUUUGGAUCCAGGGUUUGGCAUUGCCUAUAUUGUGCUUAUUGAGAGAUUUUUCAUGGAAAUACGCUAAACGCAUGUAUUAUCCACAAUCCUACCACCACAUCCAAGAGAUUCAGAAAUACAACAUUCAAGAUUAUAGACCAAGAAUGGAGCAGUUCCAAAAAGCCAUCCGUAAGGUUCGCCAAGUCCAACGUAUGCGCAAACAGCGUGGUUAUGCCUUCUCUCAAGCAGACGAGUCGCAAACCAGAGUACUGCAAGCAUAUGAUACCACGAAGGAGAGAGGAAGAUACGGAGAGAUGGCAAGUUCAAAAAGGAAUCGUUGA